AUGUCGUCUUUUGAUCUGACCCUAGCGGUGGAGGCUGGUCCUGGUUUAGCGGUGCUCUUGGUUUUGGCGGCAGCGGCUCUGGGUGCCCACCAGCAGCCACUGGCUGACCCGCCAGUAUGUCCAGAGCGGAUCCCGGGCGUGACACUCAACAUUACCUUCUACCCAAAUGAAGAUGACUGCAGCAAGUACUGGGAGUGUGACAAUGGCAACCUUUACAAUGGUUCAUGUUCUGAUGGCUUGGUGUGGAAUCCCAAUGUGAACUCUUGUGACUGGCCAUAUAUUUACGACUGUCCUUACGAUAAGAAGGAGCAAAGUCUGUUGCCAGGUGAAGUUCCCCAACUGCAGUCACGCGCAGACCCGCCAGUAUGUCCAGAACGAAUUCCAGGUGUGGCAAUGAACAUUACCUUCUACCCUAAUGAAGAUGACUGCAGCAAGUACUGGGAGUGUGACAACGGAAACCUUUACAAUGGCUCAUGUGCUGAUGGCUUGGUGUGGAAUCCCAAUGUGAACUCUUGUGACUGGCCAUAUAUUUACGACUGUCCUUACGAUAAGAAGGAGCAAGGUAUGUUGCCGGGUGAGGUUCCCCAACUGCAGUCACGCGCAGACCCGCCAGUAUGUCCAGAACGAAUUCCAGGUGUGGCAAUGAACAUUACCUUCUACCCUAAUGAAGAUGACUGCAGCAAGUACUGGGAGUGUGACAACGGAAACCUUUACAAUGGCUCAUGUGCUGAUGGCUUGGUGUGGAAUCCCAAUGUGAACUCUUGUGACUGGCCAUAUAAUUACGACUGUCCUUACGAUAAGAAGGAGCAAAGUCUGUUGCCGGGUGUGGUUCCCCAACUGCAGUCACGCGCAGACCCGCCAGUAUGUCCAGAACGAAUUCCAGGUGUGGCAAUGAACAUUACCUUCUACCCUAAUGAAGAUGACUGCAGCAAUCACGCGCAGACCCGCCAGUAUGUCCAGAACGAAUUCCAGGUGUGGCAAUGA